GGAGAGAGGCGGGCAGGCCGGGACGGGGACCGGGACGCAGCGCCGCGCCCCGUGGGUGAAUCCCCGCCGCGCCUGGGGGACCUCCCUCCCUGGGCAGCCCGCAGAUCGCCAGCCCCGGGCCGCCACCAUGCGCGCCCCGCCCCUGCCGCCAGGCCCCUCGCUCCUAGCCUGCGCCACCGCUGAGCCCGGGGGGCAGCGGGAGGUGGGGAGAAUGCCGCCUGGGGUGGGUAAGUUCGGGGCUCCGCUGCCACUGGAAUCUCCCGUUGUCGCGCUGGCCGGCGUGGUGGCCCCCGGACCUCCGAGUGCCUCCUUCCUCCCGAGGUGUACGGAGGCUUUGUGUGCCAGGUCCGAUCCGUACUGGGUGCAAUGAAAGCUCCACGCAGGCCUUACCAUGGAAGGCUGUGACUCGCCCGUCGUCUCGGGGAAGGACAAUGGGUGCGGGAUCCCUCAGCACCGGCAAUGGACUGAACUCAACAGCACCCACCUCCCCGACAAACCCAGUAGCAUGGAGCAGCCCACAGGCGAGAGCCAUGGGCCCCUGGACAGCCUGAGGGCCCCCUUCAAUGAGCGCCUGGCGGACAGCAGCACCUCCGCUGGGCCGCCCGCCGAGCCCGCCAGCAAGGAGGUCAGCUGCAACGAGUGCUCAGCCUCCUUUUCCAGCCUCCAGACCUACAUGGAGCACCACUGCCCUGGCACGCAUCCCCCGCCGGCCCUGCGAGAGGAGAGCGCCAGCGACACCAGCGAGGAGGGCGAGGAGGAGAGCGAUGUGGAGAACCUGGCCGGGGAAAUCGUCUACCAGCCAGAUGGCUCCGCAUACAUUGUUGAGAGCUUGAGCCAGCUGGCCCAGAGCGGGGCCGCGUGCGGCAGCAGCAGUGGAAGCGGGGGCGUCCCCUCGCUCUUCCUGAACUCUCUCCCCGGGGUGGGGGGUAAACAAGGGGACCCUUCGUGUGCUGCACCCGUGUACCCGCAGAUCAUCAACACUUUCCACAUAGCCUCAUCCUUCGGGAAAUGGUUUGAGGGCUCAGACCAGGCCUUCCCGAAUACCUCAGCCCUGGCGGGGCUCAGCCCUGUCCUGCACAGCUUCCGCGUUUUUGACGUGCGACACAAAAGCAACAAGGAUUACCUGAACAGUGAUGGUUCUGCCAAAAGCUCCUGCGUAUCCAAAGAUGUCCCCAACAAUGUGGACCUGUCCAAAUUCGAUGGCUUUGUGCUCUACGGCAAGAGGAAACCCAUUCUGAUGUGUUUCUUGUGCAAACUCUCCUUUGGGUAUGUCCGUUCAUUCGUGACCCACGCGGUGCACGACCAUCGAAUGACCCUGAGUGAAGAGGAGCGGAAACUUCUUAGCAAUAAGAACACCUCCGCUAUCAUCCAAGGGAUUGGCAAAGACAAGGAACCCCUUGUAAGUUUUCUGGAACCAAAAAACAAAAACUUUCAACACCCUUUAGUUUCCACAGCUAACCUCAUAGGCCCCGGACACAGUUUUUAUGGUAAAUUUAGUGGCAUUCGCAUGGACGGGGAGGAGGCCCUCCCAGCCGGAGCUGCUGCUGGCCCUGAGCAGCCCCAGGCUGGCCUCUUGACCCCCAGCACCCUCUUGAACCUUGGCGGGCUCACCAGCUCGGUCCUGAAGACCCCCAUUACCUCAGUCCCCCUGGGGCCUCUGGCUUCUAGUCCUACCAAAUCCUCAGAGGGCAAGGACUCUGGGGCAGCUGAAGGAGAUAAGCGAGAAGUGGGGGAUCAGGACUGCUUCUCCGAGAAAGUAGAGCCAGCCGAGGAAGAGGAGGCAGAAGAGGAGGAAGAGGAGGAGGAAGAGGCGGAGGAGGAGGAGGAAGAGGAGGAGGAAGAAGAGGAAGAGGAAGACGAGGGCUGCAAAGGACUCUUUCCAAAUGAGCUGGAGGAGGAACUGGAGGACAGGCCCCCCGAGGAGUCUGGGGCCACGGCAGGUGGUGGCAGCAAAAAGGACCUUGCUCUCUCAAACCAAAGCAUUUCUAACUCCCCCUUAAUGCCUAAUGUGCUCCAGACCCUGUCGAGGGGCACAGCUUCUACUACUUCUAACUCUGCUUCUAACUUUGUUGUCUUUGAUGGUGCGAACCGGAGGAGUCGUUUAAGCUUUAACAGUGAGGGCGUCAGGGCCAACGUGGCAGAGGGCAGGAGGCUGGACUUCGCUGACGAAAGUGCCAAUAAAGACAGUGCCACAGCACCAGAACCAAAUGAAAGCACAGAGGGCGACGAUGGGGGCUUUGCCCCUCAUCACCAGCACGCUGGCUCCCUCUGCGAGCUUGGGGUCGGGGAGUGCCCCUCAGGUAGCGGUGUGGAGUGCCCCAAAUGUGACACGGUCCUGGGCUCCUCACGCUCGCUGGGUGGCCACAUGACCAUGAUGCAUUCUCGUAACUCGUGUAAGACGCUCAAGUGCCCCAAGUGCAACUGGCACUACAAGUACCAGCAGACACUGGAGGCGCACAUGAAGGAGAAGCACCCGGAGCCCGGGGGCUCCUGCGUCUACUGCAAAAGCGGGCAGCCCCACCCGCGGUUGGCGCGAGGCGAGAGCUACACGUGUGGUUACAAGCCUUUCCGCUGUGAGGUGUGUAACUACUCCACAACUACCAAAGGCAACCUCAGUAUUCAUAUGCAGUCGGACAAACAUCUCAACAACAUGCAGAACUUGCAGAACGGAGGGGGGGAGCAGGUCUUCAGCCACAGCGCCGGGGCCGCCGCCGCCGCCGCGGCCGCGGCUGCGGCCGCCGCCAACAUUGGGAGCUCCUGCGGUGCCCCCUCACCCACCAAACCAAAAACCAAACCCACGUGGCGGUGUGAGGUGUGUGAUUACGAGACCAACGUGGCCAGGAACCUCCGCAUUCACAUGACCAGUGAGAAACACAUGCACAACAUGAUGCUGCUUCAACAGAACAUGACACAGAUCCAGCACAACCGCCACCUGGGCCUCGGCAGCCUACCCUCGCCCGCCGAGGCCGAGCUCUACCAGUACUACCUGGCCCAGAACAUGAACCUGCCCAACCUGAAGAUGGACAGUACCGCUUCGGAUGCCCAGUUCAUGAUGAGUGGAUUCCAGCUGGAUCCUACAGGGCCCAUGGCCGCCAUGACGCCUGCUCUAGUGGGCGGUGAGAUCCCCCUAGACAUGCGGCUCGGGGGCGGACAGCUGGUGUCGGAGGAGCUGAUGAACCUGGGCGAGAGCUUCAUCCAGACCAACGACCCAUCGCUGAAGCUCUUCCAGUGCGCGGUCUGCAACAAGUUCACGACGGACAACCUGGACAUGCUGGGGCUGCACAUGAACGUGGAGCGCAGCCUCUCAGAGGACGAGUGGAAGGCCGUGAUGGGGGACUCUUACCAGUGUAAGCUCUGCCGCUACAACACGCAGCUCAAGGCCAACUUCCAGCUGCACUGCAAGACGGACAAGCACGUGCAGAAGUACCAGCUGGUGGCCCACAUCAAGGAGGGUGGCAAGGCCAACGAGUGGAGGCUCAAGUGCGUGGCCAUCGGCAACCCUGUGCACCUUAAGUGCAACGCUUGCGACUACUACACCAAUAGUCUGGAGAAGCUGCGGCUGCACACGGUCAACUCCAGGCACGAGGCCAGCCUGAAGUUGUAUAAGCACCUGCAGCAGCAUGAGAGUGGCGUGGAGGGGGAGAGCUGCUACUACCACUGUGUCCUGUGCAACUACUCCACCAAGGCCAAGCUCAACCUCAUCCAGCACGUGCGCUCCAUGAAGCAUCAGCGCAGCGAGAGCCUGCGCAAGCUGCAGCGGCUGCAGAAGGGCCUCCCGGAGGAGGAUGAAGACCUCGGCCAGAUCUUCACCAUCCGCAGGUGCCCCUCCACUGACCCAGAAGAAGCCGUUGAAGAUGCAGAAGGACCCAGCGAAGCAUCUGCUGACCCAGAGGAGCUGGCCAAAGACCAGGGGAGCAGCGGCGGUGAGGAAGGGCAGAGCAAGCGGACAGCAUCAUCCAGUCAGGCAGAGAAGGAGUUGACGGAUUCCCCUGCAGCCUCCAAACGCUCCUCCUUCCCAGGUAGCUCCGAGACUCCGCUCUCAUCGAAGAGGCCAAAGGCAUCAGAGGAGAUCAAACCCGAGCAGAUGUACCAGUGUCCCUACUGCAAGUAUAGCAACGCUGACGUGAACCGGCUGCGGGUGCACGCCAUGACGCAGCACUCGGUGCAGCCCAUGCUUCGCUGCCCCCUGUGCCAAGACAUGCUCAACAACAAGAUCCACCUCCAGCUGCACCUCACCCACCUCCACAGCGUGGCACCUGACUGCGUGGAGAAGCUCAUUAUGACGGUGACCGCUCCCGAGAUGGUGAUGCCUAGCAGUAUGUUCCUCCCCGCAGCUGCUCCGGACCGGGACGGGAACCCCAAUUUGGAAGAGGCAGGAAAGCAACCUGAAACUUCGGAGGACCUGGGAAAGAACACCUUGCCCUCUGCAAGCAUGGAGCACAGCGGGGACCUCAAGCCCUCUUCUGCUGACCCCAGUUGCAUGAGAGAAGACUCGGGCUUCCUCUGCUGGAAGAAGGGGUGCAACCAGGUCUUCAAAACCUCCGCCACUCUGCAGACCCACUUCAACGAGGUGCACGCCAAGCGGCCUCAGCUGCCCGUGUCGGACCGCCACGUGUAUAAGUACCGUUGCAACCAGUGCAGCCUGGCUUUCAAGACCAUUGAAAAGCUGCAGCUCCACUCGCAGUACCACGUGAUCAGAGCCGCCACCAUGUGCUGCCUCUGUCAGCGCAGUUUCCGGACUUUCCAGGCUCUGAAAAAACACCUCGAGACCAGUCACCUGGAGUUGAGUGAGGCUGACAUCCAACAGCUUUAUGGGGGGCUUCUAGCCAACGGGGACCUCUUGGCGAUGGGAGACCCCACCCUGGCUGAAGACCACACCAUCAUUGUUGAGGAAGACAAGGAGGAGGAGAGCGACCUGGAAGACAAGCAGAGCCCGACAGGCAGCGACUCUGGGUCAGUACAGGAGGACUCAGGCUCAGAGCCAAAGCGAGCGCUGCCUUUCAGGAAGGGCCCCAACUUCACCAUGGAGAAGUUUCUGGAUCCUUCCCGCCCUUACAAGUGUACCGUCUGCAAGGAAUCCUUCACUCAAAAGAACAUCCUGCUGGUGCACUACAACUCUGUCUCGCACCUGCACAAGCUAAAGAGAGCCCUUCAGGAGUCGGCAACCGGCCAACCGGAGCCCACCAGCAGCCCGGACAACAAGCCGUUCAAGUGUAACACUUGCAACGUGGCGUACAGCCAGAGCUCCACCCUGGAGAUCCACAUGAGGUCUGUGUUGCACCAGACCAAGGCCCGGGCAGCCAAGCUGGAAGCUGCAAGUGGGAGCAGCAACGGGACUGGCAACAGUGCUGGGGUGUCCCUCAGCUCCUCUACCCCGAGUCCCGUGGGCAGCAGUGGAGCGAACAACACCUUUACCGCCGCCAACCCAAGCAGUGCCACCAUAGCUCCGAGCAUAAAUGCGCUGGGCCAGGUGCCCCCCGAGAGCGUGGUGCUGCCUCCGCUGGGGAAUCCCAUCAGUGCCAACAUCUCUUCCCCCUCAGAGCCCAAGGAGACCAACCGGAAGAAGUUAGCGGAUAUGAUUGCAUCCAGGCAGCAGCAGCAGCAGCAACAGCAGCAGCAACAGCAGCAGGCCCAGACACUUGCCCAGGCGCAGGCUCAAGUCCAGGCACACCUGCAGCAGGAGCUGCAGCAGCAGGCCGCCCUGAUCCAGUCUCAGCUGUUCAACCCCACACUCCUUCCUCACUUUCCCAUGACCACCGAGACCUUGCUCCAACUGCAGCAGCAGCAGCAUCUGCUGUUCCCCUUUUACAUCCCCAGUGCAGAGUUCCAGCUCAACCCUGAGGUGAGCUUGCCCGUGACCAGCGGGGCACUGACACUGACGGGGUCAGGCCCAGGCCUGCUGGAAGACCUGAAGGCUCAGAUCCAGAUCCCACAGCAGAGCCACCCGCAGAUACUGCAGCAGCAGCAGCAACAACAGAGUCAGCUCUCUCUUUCCCAGAGUCACUCAGCUCUCCUUCAGCCAAGCCAGCACCCGGAAAAGAAAAACAAAGUGGUCAUCAAAGAAAAGGAUAAGGAAAGCCAACGAGAGAGGGAAGGGCCGGAGGGGGCAGAGGGUAACCCAGGACCAAAGGAAUCACUGCCAGAUGCCUUGAAGGCCAAAGAGAAGAAAGAGUUGGCACCAGGGGGUGGUUCUGAGGGCUCUAUGCUUCCUCCACGCAUCGCUUCGGAUGCCAGGGGGAACGCUACCAAGGCCUUGCUGGAGAACUUUGGCUUUGAGCUGGUCAUUCAGUACAAUGAGAACAAGCAGAAGGCACAGAAGAAGAACGGGAAGACGGAGCAAGGCAGCGAAAGCCUGGAGAAACUCGAGUGUGACUCCUGCGGCAAGCUCUUCUCCAACAUCUUGAUCCUAAAGAGCCAUCAAGAGCACGUGCAUCAGAACUACUUCCCCUUCAAACAGCUGGAGAGGUUUGCCAAGCAAUACAGAGAGCACUACGAUAAACUGUACCCACUGAGGCCCCAGACCCCGGAGCCACCCCCACCUCCCCCGCCCCCUCCUCCACCCCCGCUUCCAGCCGCGCCCCCCCAGCCAGCUUCCACGCCGGCCAUCCCCGCGUCGGCUCCGCCCAUCACGUCGCCUACCAUCGCCCCCGCCCAGCCCUCCGUGCCUCUCACCCAGCUCUCCAUGCCGAUGGAGCUGCCCAUCUUCUCGCCGCUGAUGAUGCAGACGAUGCCGCUGCAGACCCUGCCAGCUCAGCUGCCCCCUCAGCUCGGCCCCGUGGAGCCGCUGCCUGCUGAUCUGGCCCAGCUGUACCAGCACCAGCUCAACCCCACCCUGCUCCAGCAACAGAACAAGAGGCCUCGCACCAGGAUCACAGACGACCAGCUCCGAGUGCUCCGCCAGUACUUCGACAUCAACAACUCCCCCAGUGAGGAGCAGAUCAAAGAGAUGGCGGACAAGUCGGGCCUGCCCCAGAAAGUGAUCAAGCACUGGUUCAGAAACACCUUGUUCAAGGAGCGGCAGCGGAACAAGGACUCCCCGUACAACUUCAGCAACCCUCCCAUCACGAGUCUGGAGGAACUCAAGAUCGACUCCCGGCCCCCUUCCCCAGAACCCCAGAAGCAGGAGUACUGGGGAAGCAAGCGGUCCUCGAGAACAAGGUUCACCGACUACCAGCUCCGAGUCCUGCAGGACUUCUUUGACGCCAACGCUUAUCCAAAGGACGAUGAAUUCGAGCAGCUUUCUAACUUAUUGAACCUUCCAACCCGUGUCAUAGUGGUGUGGUUUCAAAACGCCAGACAGAAGGCCCGGAAGAACUAUGAGAAUCAGGGAGAGGGCAAAGACGGAGAGCGGCGUGAGCUCACCAACGACAGGUACAUCCGCACGAGCAACCUGAAUUACCAGUGCAAGAAGUGCAGCCUCGUGUUUCAGCGCAUCUUUGACCUCAUCAAACACCAGAAGAAGCUGUGCUACAAGGAUGAGGAUGAAGAGGGGCAGGAUGACAGCCAGAACGAGGACUCCAUGGAUGCAAUGGAGAUCCUCACCCCUACCAGCUCCUCUUGCAGCACCCCUAUGCCCUCACAGGCCUACAGCACCCCAGCACCAUCAUCGGCCAGUACUGCGCCCUCCGCGUUCCUGCAGCUCACGGCGGAGACUGACGAACUAGCCACCUUCAACUCGAAAGCAGAGGCCAGCGACGAGAAGCCAAAGCAGGCCGAGCCUCCCAGUGUCCAGCCAAACCAAACCCAAGAGAAGCAAGGACAGCCAAAGCCAGAGGUGCAGCAGCAAGAGCAGGCGGAGCAGAAGACAAACGCACCGCAGCCCAAGCUCCCACAGCUGGCUGCCCCUUCCUUACCGCAGCCUCCUCCACAGGCGCCCCCUCCGCAGUGCCCCCUCCCCCAGUCAAGCCCCAGUCCCUCUCAGCUCUCGCACCUGCCCCUCAAGCCCCUCCACACGUCAACCCCUCAACAGCUGGCAAACCUACCUCCUCAGCUAAUCCCCUACCAGUGUGACCAGUGCAAGCUGGCGUUCCCGUCCUUCGAGCACUGGCAGGAGCACCAGCAGCUUCACUUCCUGAGCGCCCAGAACCAGUUCAUCCACCCCCAGUUUUUGGACAGGUCGUUGGAUAUGCCUUUCAUGCUGUUUGAUCCCAGUAACCCACUCCUGGCCAGCCAGCUGCUCUCGGGGGCCAUCCCUCAGAUCCCAGCGAGCUCAGCCACUUCUCCGUCCACGCCCACCUCCACGAUGAACACGCUCAAGAGGAAGCUGGAGGAAAAGGCCAGCGGCGCCAGCCCUGGCGAGAACGACAGCAGUGGGACGGGAGGAGAAGAGCCGCAGAGGGACAAGCGUCUGAGGACGACCAUUACCCCCGAACAGCUGGAGAUUCUCUACCAGAAGUAUCUGCUGGACUCGAACCCGACCCGAAAGAUGCUGGAUCACAUCGCGCACGAGGUGGGCUUGAAGAAGCGCGUGGUGCAGGUGUGGUUUCAGAACACCCGAGCUCGGGAAAGGAAAGGUCAGUUCCGGGCCGUGGGCCCGGCGCAGGCCCACAGGAGAUGCCCUUUUUGCAGGGCGCUCUUCAAGGCCAAGACAGCCCUCGAGGCUCAUAUCCGGUCUCGGCACUGGCAUGAAGCCAAGAGAGCCGGCUACAACCUGACUCUGUCUGCCAUGCUCUUAGACUGUGACGGGGGACUCCAGAUGAAGGGAGACAUUUUUGACGGAACUAGCUUUUCCCACCUACCCCCGAGCGGGAGUGACGGUCAGGGCGUGCCGCUCUCGCCUGUGAGCAAAACCAUGGAGCUGUCCCCCAGAACUCUUCUCAGCCCUUCCUCCAUCAAGGUGGAAGGGCUCGAAGACUUUGAAAGCCCCUCCAUGUCCUCGGUUAACCUGAACUUUGACCAAACCAAGCUGGACAAUGACGACUGUUCCUCCGUCAACACUGCAAUCACAGACACCACCACGGGGGACGAGGGCAACGCCGACAACGACAGCGCCACGGGGAUAGCGACCGAAACCAAAUCUUCUGCACCGAACGAGGGGUUGACCAAAGCAGCCAUGAUGGCGAUGUCCGAGUAUGAAGACCGGCUGUCGUCUGGUCUGGUCAGCCCAGCCCCGAGCUUUUAUAGCAAGGAGUACGACAACGAAGGUACCGUGGACUACAGUGAGACCUCGAGCCUCGCGGACCCCUGCUCCCCAAGCCCCGGGGCGAGCGGGUCCGCGGGCAAAUCCGGUGACAGCGGGGAUCGACCUGGGCAGAAACGGUUUCGCACUCAGAUGACCAAUCUGCAGCUGAAGGUCCUCAAGUCAUGCUUUAAUGACUACAGGACGCCCACCAUGCUAGAGUGUGAGGUUCUAGGCAAUGAUAUUGGACUGCCAAAGAGAGUUGUUCAGGUCUGGUUCCAGAAUGCCCGGGCGAAAGAAAAGAAGUCCAAGCUAAGCAUGGCCAAGCAUUUUGGUAUAAACCAAACGAGUUACGAGGGACCCAAAACAGAGUGCACUUUGUGUGGUAUCAAGUACAGCGCGAGGCUGUCUGUACGUGACCAUAUCUUUUCCCAACAGCAUAUCUCCAAAGUUAAGGACACCAUUGGAAGCCAGCUGGACAAGGAGAAAGAAUAUUUUGACCCAGCCACUGUACGCCAGUUGAUGGCUCAGCAAGAGCUGGAUCGGAUUAAGAAGGCUAAUGAGGUCCUUGGACUGGCAGCCCAACAGCAAGGGAUGUUUGACAACGCUCCUCUUCAGGCUCUUAACCUCCCCACCACGUAUCCAGCGCUCCAGGGCAUUCCUCCCGUGUUGCUCCCCGGCCUCAACAGCCCCUCUUUGCCAGGCUUUACCCCAUCCAACACAGCUUUAACGUCUCCUAAACCGAACCUGAUGGGUCUGCCCAGCACAACGGUACCUUCCCCCGGCCUCCCCACAUCUGGAUUACCAAAUAAACCGUCCUCAGCCUCACUGAGCUCCCCGACCCCAGCACAAGCCACCAUGGCAAUGGCCCCUCAGCAACCCCCACAACCCCAGCAGCCGCAGCCACAGGUGCAGCAGCCGCCGCCGCCGCCAGCAGCCCAGCAGAUACCCACGCCACAGCUUCCCCUACCACAGCAACGGAAGGACAAAGAUGGUGAGAAAGGAAAGGAGAAGGAGAAGGCACACAAAGGGAAAGGGGAACCCCUACCUGUCCCCAAGAAGGAGAAAGGAGAGGCCCCUACAGCGGCCACGGCCACCAUCUCAGCCCCGCUGCCCGCCAUGGAGUACACGGUGGACCCUGCUCAGCUGCAGGCCCUGCAGGCGGCCUUGACUUCAGACCCCACAGCGUUGCUCACGAGCCAGUUCCUUCCUUACUUCGUACCGGGCUUUUCUCCUUACUACGCCCCCCAGAUCCCUGGCGCCCUGCAGAGCGGGUACCUGCAGCCGAUGUAUGGCAUGGAAGGCCUGUUCCCCUACAGCCCUGCCCUGUCGCAGGCCCUGAUGGGGUUGUCUCCGGGCUCACUACUGCAGCAGUACCAGCAAUACCAGCAGAGCCUGCAGGAGGCCAUUCAGCAGCAGCAGCAGCAGCAACAACAGCAGCAGCAGCAGCAGCAACAGCGGCAACUACAGCAACAGCAGCAGCAGCAGCAACAAAAAGUGCAGCAGCAGCAACAGCAGCAGCAGCAGCCCAAAGCAAGCCAAACCCCAGUCCCCCAGGGGCCUGCUUCCCCAGACAAAGACCCUGCCAAAGAAUCCCCCAAACCAGAAGAGCAGAAAAACGUCCCCCGUGAGGUGUCCCCCCUCCUGCCGAAACCCCCCGAAGAGCCAGAAGCAGAAAGCAAAAGUGCAAGUGCGGACUCCCUCUGUGACCCCUUCAUUGUUCCAAAGGUGCAGUACAAGUUGGUCUGCCGCAAGUGCCAGGCGGGCUUCGGCGACGAGGAGGCGGCGAGGAGCCACCUGAAGUCCCUCUGCUUCUUCGGCCAGUCUGUGGUGAACCUGCAAGAGAUGGUGCUUCACGCCCCACGGCAGCGUGGCGGUGGCGGUGGUGGCGGCGGCGGCGGCGGCGGCGGCGGCGGUGGCGGCUCGUACCACUGCCUGGCGUGCGAGAGCGCGCUCUGCGGGGAGGAAGCGCUGAGUCAGCAUCUCGAGUCGGCCUUGCACAAACACAGAACAAUCACGAGAGCAGCAAGAAACGCCAAAGAGCACCCUAGUUUAUUACCUCACUCUGCCUGCUUCCCCGAUCCUAGCACCGCAUCUACCUCGCAGUCUGCCGCUCACUCAAACGACAGCCCCCCUCCCCCGUCGGCCGCCCCGUCCUCGUCCGCUUCCCCCCACGCCUCCAGGAAGUCUUGGCCGCCAGUGGGCUCCCGGGCUUCGGCCGCGAAGCCCCCUUCUUUUCCUCCUCUCUCCUCAUCUUCAACGGUUACCUCAAGUUCAUGCAGCACCUCAGGGGUUCAGCCCUCGAUGCCAACAGACGACUAUUCGGAGGAGUCUGACACGGAUCUCAGCCAAAAGUCCGACGGACCGGCGAGCCCGGUGGAGGGUCCCAAAGACCCCAGCUGCCCCAAGGACAGUGGUCUGACCAGUGUAGGAACGGACACCUUCAGAUUGUAAGCUUUGAAGAUGAACAAUUACAAAUGAAUUUAAAUAAAGAAAAAAGAUUAAUAACAAACCAAUUUCAAAAAUAGACUAACUGCAAUUCCAAAGCUUCUAACCAAAAAAACAAAAAACAAACAAAAACACAAAAAACAAAAACAAAAAAAAGGAAAAAAAAAAAAAAAAAAAGCGUGGGUUGUUUUCCCAUAUACCUAUCUAUGCCGGUGAUUUUACAUUCUUGUCUUUUUUUUUCUUUUAAUAUUAAAAAUAAAAACAAACCCUAACCCUGUUAAAUUGUGUCCUUUUAAAGGUACUAUUGGUCUUGGAAACUGAAGUCCGCAGGGCCUGCCUAUUGUUGGAGCUUAAACCCCUUGUAUAUUUGCCCCUUUUGAGAACUGCCCCACCUUGAUAGCACAGAGGAGCCCGGCAUGCACUGUAUGGGAAAGCACUCCACCUUGUUACAGUUUUAAAUUUCUUGCUAUCUUAGCAUUCAGAUACCAAUGGCUUGCUAAAAGAAAAGAAGAAAUGUAAUGUCUUUUUAUUCUCAGGUCAAUCGGUCACACUUCGUUCUGUUUUCAGAAUCAUUGUUUUAUGUUUUUUUUUUUCUUUCGUUCCAGAAAAAGAUUUUGUUUUGUUUUGUUUUGUUAAUUUAAAAAAAAAAUGGGCAGAAAGUAUUCAAGAGAAACAAUGUGAACUGCUUUAGUUUUCUGGGGAUUUUUAAGAAUAGCUUUUCUGCUGAAGCCAAUUUCAAGGGGAAAAGUUAAGCACUCCCACUUUCAGAAGAGAAAAAAAAAAAAACCCACACACAAAGAGUGUUGAGGACUUGUAGCUUAAAAAAAAGAAGACAAGUUUUAAAAACUGACUUUCUGUAUUUAUGGUAGGUAUGACCAUUUUUGGUGUUGAGUAGAUUGCUUCAUGGGAGACGAGCUGAAGCAGUAUGGUAGACUGAAACCCUUUGUACAUUAGCUUUUGUGUGGUCCGGCGACAGCUCCUCAUUUGAUGUUGUCUUGUUCAUCCCUAGUGGAUAGAUUGCAGUCUGUUACUUCACCCCAGCUUCUCUUCCCUCUGUCCCUUAAUUCAACUUGGUCUCUCUUCCCCCCAACUUCCAUCCUCUAAUUUCCCACUUAAAGUGGUCACCUUUAUUUCUUGAAGGGUGGCUGCAGAAUUAUUUUAUAAACCUAAAGAAAGGAUUUCAGAGGAUUCUAGGGAUCGUCAGGAUUCUCACAGAUUAUUUUUGUUGGGGAGUUGAGACUUUUGAAAGACAUUUAAUUCUAGUUACCUGAGAUAGCCCUGAGCAUUUAUUUUUUAUUUAUCUUUCGUUUUCUUUGUGCCUCCCUCCCUCCCUCUCUCUCUCUCUCUCUCCUUGGUCUGUGAACACUUCAAGUAUUCUUUUCUUGAACUAAAACAUUUGUUUCAGUUUGUGUAAUUGGGGCUGUGUGCUUUUUCUUUCUAAGACGUUUUUGGCUAUUAAUUUGGUUUUGUUUUUAUUUUAUUUUAUUUUAUUUUUGUGUUUGUGUCUUUUCUUUCCUCUCAGAAAAAAAAAAAAAAAAAAAAGAAAUUUCAUGCUUUAAAAAAAAAUUCCAAAGACAUACCCUUUCACUGCUGAUGCAGGAAAAAGGGGAAAGGGUUCUAGUUACUUGAGAAUUUGUUUCUGAUUUAAACAAACAAGACUUAGUUUAAUAAAAGAAAGAGUAACACAAAACAGUUCCCAGGUUCUUACGUGCUUCUUCUGCAAGCAGAGAGGCAGUUGUUAAUGACAAUUCCAGAUACCAAAAGACACGUUUUUGUUUUUUUUUUUUUUUUUACUUCAAAGUUUUGUCUUUCUGUUAGGCAGUCUGAGCGGCGAGCGAUCCAGAGUGCAGCCAACAAGACAGAUAGCAAUGUCCGGAGAACAGAGAAGGAAGCAUGUGCACGAGGCACGUGCUUGUGUUAAUGUUCCAAGUCCUGUGACAACACACUUCAACACACACCCCUGGCCAUCUUUAAAAAAGUCUGAACUUUGAAAGGAGAACUUCGUGCUGCUAAAACCUAAGUUUCGAAGACAAAUAGAUGCUUUGUUGCCUCACUUUCAUAGCCAAACACCAACAGAUACAAUCUCCCUUGCCCCCAAGGUGUGAAGUCCUCCUCUUCUUCCCGCCCUCUCUUCCUUAUGUUUCAAAGGGAACUUUGAAGACUGUGAAUCCAGGUUCCGUUGGCCACCUUCUGGGCUUCUCCCCCAGUGCUGAAGCCAUUCAUCGACUUUGCAAAAGACUGGAGCAUUCCAAGAUAUGAAAUUUUUUUUUUUUCAUUUUUUUUUUUUUUUUUUUUUUUAGCCGGGACUAUUUUUAUGAAUUUGUUUUUAGUUGAAGAGUAGGUCCUGAACUGUUGUACAUAUUUCUAACUAGGCUGAUGCACAGUGCAAAUUCCUUUUUAAUUUUUUAAAAGUAGAAAUACUAAAAGAAUACCAUCUUAACUAUUCAUAUCAGUAUCCAGUUGUAGCAUAAGGUGUCAAAACAAGUACACAGAACACUUACUGUUUUAAAUACCUAUUUCCUUUUAACAAGAAUUCUUGUAUUUCUCCCUGUGUUUUGAGAUGAACACUUUUAAAUUUUAAAGUUGUACAGCUUUUUUGUUUUCCAUUAUUUUAUCUUGUUUGUAACUCUAUGAAAUAUAUAUAUAUAUUUUUUGCCAUUUAACUGUUGUAUGUUACUGUGUCUGUAUCUAUAGAAGAAAAAUGUUUGUUUUGGGUUCUCUGUGUGAUACCAAUUAACAAUUUAACACUAGCUUUACCUGUCAAAUUCUGCUAGGUCUUCUCUGAAAACUGUCGUUUAAAAUGAUAUCGCUUGGUAAUAGUGCAAAUUCUACCCUCCCCGCCCCCAACCUCAAGUUUCUUUGUAACUGCCAGCCCUUCCCCAAUGGUUUUGUUCUAUUUUGAGCUACAAUCAUCCUCCCUCUGUGAGGCAGUGACUGUCAGUGUUUCACUGUGCCAUGCCUUGACCUGUGAGUGUGUUUUGGCAACAAUACGGUAAGGUUGGGUAGAAUGGCCAAGCACGCUUCUACCCGUCAGUAUUCCUCAAAGGAGGUGUGGGAUUGGUUCAACCCGAAGUGGGUUCACGAACGCAUUCCUCUAUAGCCGCACCACCAACCCACCUACAUGUUCAUCAAAGAAGAAACUCUCAGCACUAACCCAGAAAUAGCGAAGCAGUCAGUGAUGGUGAAAACCAGAAGGCAAAGUGGCUGUGAUCGGUAGCAGUUCACAAGGCAUUGGUUAACUACAGUGCUCAGUUGUGUAGACAGAUCUCACCCGGGGAGUUUACUCCUGCCUGCUGUCGGAGCGAGUCGUUGAGUGGACCAUCUCAACUCACCUUUAAAACUAGUUCGUGACUUCUAUUGGCACUUCUUCUUCUUUUUUUUUUUUUUUUUUUUUUUUUUAAGUUAUUGGGGCUAAUUUUGCCCCUUAGUUCUUUCAUGAAGUGGCUGUUGCCAGACACUAUUAGGCACACAGCACCAAGAUACCUAUCAGAAUUGGAGUCACUUCAUGCGUCCUUUAUCCCUCCCUAAAGAAACUUAAGGAACACACACACACUCACACUCAUUCACACACUUAAUGCAUCUAGGAAGUUUUCGUUUUGUUUUUAAUUAAAAGCUAUUUAAAAAGAUGAAUGUGGCCAAAGUUUUACACAAUUGAAAGGAAAGUAAAACGGGCGGCACGUGUUGAAACCUGAGUUUAUCAGGCAUGGCAGGAAGUUGCAGGAGAGAGGCAGUGACCCAAGCCAGUGCACUUGAUGUUCAUGGACAUAUAUUUUUUUUAAAUAAUAAAUUAAAUUAAAACAUUUUAAAUAGAAGCAUAAAACUGAGUUGGUUGGUUGGCGCUGAGGUACUGCCCACUGUGAAACAAAGCUUUGACUAGUUUUUUGUUUUGUUUGUUUACUUUCUUUGGGGGGGGGGGGCAAGUUUGGGUAGGAAAGAAAGCAUAAAUGAACGUGACCCUGAGGUAAAGAGGUAUAUGAACAGCCUUUGCAAUGUACAAAAAAAAAAAACAAAAAAGAAAACAUUAAAAAAAAAAAAAAAAAAAAAAAACAAAAAAAAAAAAAAAAAAAAAAACAAAAAAAAAAUAGAGCAAGUGAAACCAAAAAUGAUGUUCUUGGUGUUUUUCUAUAAUGUAGUCUUGUUAGCUUUUUUGUUACUGUAACAAUGCUGAUCUCGAACUGUACCAAAAUACAUGGAGACUAACCGAACCGCAAGGGACUCUCAAACUGAAAAAGAAAUUUGUCACAAAAACUUUGUUGUCAUAGUUAAGUUGAUUGUAGAUGGUAAUUGAAUAUACUCCUUUGAAAAUAUUUCAUCAAGUAUGUUUCCUGCUCAUUGUGAUACAUUAAAAAAAAUAUGAGCAAAAGA